AUGGUCAUCAUCGAUAGUGUUCGUUUUUAUCCUUCGUUCUGGUAUUGCAUUCGGGUGCUAGUGCCGACGUUCUUCAACGACUCCUGCCGUCGUGUCCAGCUUUAUGUGGCGGUGCUGCAUGUACUGGUCACCUUGUGGUUCCCACUGCAUCUGCUGUUGCAUCUUCUGGGGCAUUUGUCUCCGGAGGACCUCUUGAUGAACCUGUCCAUGUCCUUGACCUGUGUGGCCUGCAGCCUGAAGCAUGUGGCCCAUUUGUAUUACCUGCCGGGGAUCGUGGAGCUGGAAUCCCUGAUCGAACAGUUGGAUACGUUUAUCUCGAGCGAACAGGAACAUCGUUAUUACCCGGCUCGUGCUAAACGCUUAACGCAAUGCCUCUACAUAAGUUUUGGCCUGAUUUAUGUGGUUUUCCUAUUUGGUUUAUUCGUCCAGGUCAUUAGCGGCAACUGGCAGCUUAUAUAUCCCGCCUAUUUUCUAUUUUUAAUAGUUACAAAAUCAUUCUUUAAAGAGACUUUAAUGUUUGUAGCCAAAUUCCACCACCUGCAGUCGCGGACCAUCAGCGAAGUGCAGCUCGUCCAGUUGGGCGGCUGCGGGGUCACCCUGUGCAUCAUUGUGUCCUACGUGCUGUUCUUUGUGAGCGACACCAUCUACACCAUCUCGCUGCAGCUCUUUACCAGCUGCUUCUUCGCCAGCGAGGUGGGUGAGGAGGUGGCAAAGUACGAACAGUCGCGGGCUCAUCGAUACGACCUGCUCGCCUUUACCCAACUGGUUAUCAAGGCGGGCGGCAUCAUCGAGCUCAAUCUAAAUGCCUUUUUCGCAAACAUUAAGAUGGCCUACUCCCUAUUUGCUGUUGUGGUGCAGAUGAAGGGUAUACAGAGUGGAUGGUUAAUUAAAUAG